UGGGGGAGAGGGGAAGCCAACGCGCGAAGCCAUGAAAAAGAUGGCAGGUCUGGCGUCGGCAGACUGGCAGUGGGAAAACGCCACCGCCGGCGCCGUGGCUGGCAUCGCCACCGUCACUUUCUCUCAUCCCCUUGACGUUGUUCGUACCAGGUUCCAAGUUUACGAUGGAAGAAUCUCGAACGUCCCGGCUUAUAGGAACACUCCUCACGCUUUAUUUACCAUUGCUCGAACUGAGAUCCACAGUAGCAAUACCCAUUUUAUCUCUCAAGAAUCUUCUUGGAACCGAGAGGAAGUGUAUCCUAAUAGAGUUUGUACAUUGCUACUCCAACUAGAAAGACAGUUUUUCUUAUAAAGAUGGUUAAUUUCUUUACUUGAAUGUCAAGAGGGGAGUGAGAUGUCAGUAUGCAAAUCUUGACUGAAUGCUUUCUUGUUACAUAGAGUUGAUUCAUUCAGCCUCAUGACAUAAACAUAGGGAGAAACUCCAUCACACUUUGUCAAUCACAAUCAAACAUCCUGGUGGCGUAUGCUUUGAAUAUGAAGCUCCUUUCUUUGCUCCCCACUUUUGAGUUUUGUGCUGCAAACUGCCGAAUCUUUACCUUAU